UGCGUCCCUAUAGUGUAAGUAACCCUAUACUAUAUAUAUAUGCACAUCCGUGCUAAGCAGCGUAUCUGCGGUGCAGGACGAAUUAGGGUUUUUAAAGGUCUUCAUCGUUUAGGGUUCUUAGUUCUUACACUGCAGUCAUGGCGGAUGUGGAAACAGAUGUUGCCACAGGGCAGCCGAAGAGAAGAACGUUCAAGAAGUUCAGCUUCAGAGGCGUCGAUUUGGACGCUCUGCUUGACAUGUCAACCGACGAGCUUGUUAAGCUCUUCCCAGCCCGGGCUCGCCGAAGGUUCCAAAGAGGUCUUAAGAGAAAGCCGAUGGCUCUGAUCAAGAAACUGCGCAAGGCGAAGCGAGAGGCACCACCCGGUGAGAAGCCAGAGCCAGUUAGAACUCACCUUCGGAACAUGAUCAUAGUCCCUGAGAUGAUUGGAAGCAUCAUUGGGGUUUACAACGGCAAGACCUUCAACCAGGUUGAAAUCAAGCCUGAGAUGAUUGGGCAUUACUUGGCCGAGUUCUCAAUCUCUUACAAGCCGGUCAAACAUGGAAGGCCUGGUAUUGGUGCUACCCACUCGUCAAGGUUCAUUCCUCUCAAGUGAGAUAUUCAUCAGCAUCCUGGGCAUUUGACCGAUUUUUCUCCAAGAUUUGUCUGGUGCAAGUUCCUUUUCCCCUCCCAUCCCCCUUCUGAAUUUUGGCCAUCACUUUUUAGUGUUGAUUUCUUCCUCCUAUUAGCUGGAUUCAAUGUUGGAGCUUAUGUUUUUUCUUCAUUUGGGUAGACAAAUUUGGAGCUUGCAUAGCUUCAGUCGGUUGAUGAGCUCAUUUUCCUUUUAUGAACUAUUUUGUUAUUGGUUCAAUAGGUUAGAAAUAUGAAAAUUAACAUAUUUGCAUC